AUAGUAAAAAGUUAGUACCAGUUGAGUCUCAAAGAGUAAAAAAAAAAAAGCUAAAAAAAAUUAUUCAAUUAAAUUUUAUCUUUCUUGUCAUACAACCAAAUAAUAGAUACUAAUAAUUAAAAAUGGCUGAAUCUCACAGAUUAUACGUUAAAGGUAAACACAUUUCAUACCAACGUUCCAAGAGUGUCACCAACCCAAACGUAUCAUUGAUUCAAAUCGAAGGUGUUCAAAACUCCCAAGAUGCCAAAUUUUACUUAGGUAAAAGAAUCGCUUACGUUUACAGAGCUUCUAAAGAAGUUAGAGGUUCUAAAAUUAGAGUUAUUUGGGGUAAAGUUUCAAGAACUCACGGUAACAAUGGUUUAAUCAGAGCUAACUUUAAAAAGAACUUACCACCAAAGACUUUUGGUGCUUCAGUUAGAAUCAUGUUAUACCCAUCUAACAUCUAAGUGUAACCAUCUUCCUCAUAUAACCCCAACUACCACAUCCAUAAUCUAAUAAUAUCCUACUUAAGUCAAAUAUAGUUUAUCAUUAUUUAUCAAUACGUUCCACAUUUUUAAACGACAAGUUGUAUACUUGUUCAUAUUAUUCAUUAUACACUAUUAUAUCAUUGAAAAAAAAAAUUUAUUAUAUUUAAUUUUGGAGGUUUA